UACGAGGACAAUCCGAAAACGUUCACAAGCCCAGGACAAAUUACUUGUCAUUGACUAUCGACUUUCACAUUGAUUCAUCAACGAGUGGAAUUCAUUAGCUCAGCCCGUGUUUGAGGCUCCAUCCAUCGACUCUUUCAAAGGAAAUUUGGAUCAUCUGAGAGACCACCAUUGUCAGGACUAACAUAGGUCAUCAAGCCUCCUGUCGUUUCCGAACUGAAACUGAAACAUAACUAGGUGAGCGCGUUUUCUGGAUCUUUCGGUACUAGUCAUGGACGAGGACAAGCCUGUUAAACUCAACACAAUUCCUGUUACACUUCUUAAAAGAAGAAAAAGGGUUAGCCGGGAUAUAAUCAAACAACAGCGCCUGCGUUCUGAAGAGUUGCGUAAACGUGCCCGAAAACGCAGAAGUCUUAUCCAACCACCGAUCCGUUUUAUAAAGACCGGUCUCAGACGGUCAUACGAUGAGUUACGCUUGCAGCGGAUUGCUAAGCGCAAAUCUCCGUUUUCAACAUCUGAUCAACCAAGACUGGGUGUUGUCAUUCGAUUAAAGGAUGAUGAAGAGCAACUUGCGGAUGUUUGUAAGGAUGUAUUCCGAUUACUUCGUCUUGACACACGCAAUCAAGCUGUUUUCAUUAAAAUUACAAAGGCUACUCUUAGUUUGUUGAAUAUUGUUUCACCUUAUGUGGUAUGGGGUUAUCCGUCCCUGCAAGUGGUACGCGAUAUGGUUAUGAAGCGUGGGCGUACUAUGCUUGGUAGACACAAACAUUCAAUCGACAACAAAAUAAUUGAAGAGAAACUAGAUUCCCACACUGAUAGAGCCCCAUUUGCACGUACCCGUUGUCUCCGAUCAUCGAGUAAGUCAUUUUUACAGUCUAUGCUUUCAUAAUGGGUUUCAAACCUCCCCAGUUUGAAUUUGAGACCCAGGUAAGAGAGCUUGUCAAGAGUUACUCUAAUCCAUGAAAAUUACAUGUACUGGGAUAUUAAUACCUUUUGCUGCAGCCCAAUCUUCUCUUGUAAUGGAAUUUGUCGAGCAUGAAACGCCUUUCCUGAAACCAUGUUCCUUCCUGGCUAAAAGAUUAUUUCCUCCCACAUAGUUCGGGACACCCAUCCGAAUAAUCUUUCCGAAUAGUUUGACAGCUACACCAAGUAGGCUGUGUUGAAGUUAAACGUAGAGCUCAAGUUGAAGAUAGGUGCAGAUUUCGACUUCGCAGAUGACCUAGUUUUUUCUAUCAUAUACGCAGCAAUGAAUGUAGGUAAAGACAGAUAAUGUAGCAGCAGCCUGUGCAGCAGUAGGCGUCAACGUUCACAAGACAAAAGCGAGAUCUCAAAAUGCGACACAACUGGCUCUGGAAGCGGUGGAAGCGUUCACACACCUGAGCAGCAUCGUCGAUAAGUAAGGAGGAACUGAUGCAGAUGUAAAGACACUAACCAACAAAGCGCUAGACACCAACAACUGAAGAACACCAAGAAUUCAAAACAAAGACAUCACUCAGAAUUUUCAAUACUAACGUUAAGGUAGUUUUAUUAUACGGAGUCGAAACGUGUAGAACUGUCACAACCAUCAUAAAAAAAUACAGGUAUUUAUAAGCUGUUGUUCACGCAAGAUACUCAAUGUCCGUUGACCGGAUACCAUCAGUAAGAACCUACUAUAGCAGAGAACAAAUCAGCUUCCUUCUGAAGAGGAAAUCUGGAAAGAAUGCUCAAAGUGGAUAGGACAUACAUUGUAGAAGUCAUCCAUCUGCGUCACGAGGCGAGCCUCAACUUGGAAUCCUAAAGGUAUAAGAAAAUGAGGCAAAAAAAGAACCCACUGCUCCUGAAAUUGGAGGCAGUCAUCAAAAGGCUGAAUAGCACUCAGAAGUAACUGUAAAGGUGAGUCCAGGGCAGAGUUGGUAAGAGAAUUGUGGUCGACCGUUUGUGCUAAAUGAGGGGUGACAGGCGUAAGUAAAUACUGGGUACACAUAGAAGCCGGCCGAUGAAGUUACGAAUCUACAUCUAUUUUGGCGUUUGGAUUUGUGUUACGCGAUAAUGGCUGUUAUAUCACUAGGUUGGUGAAUAAGCUGUAGAUGGUCAAGUCAAUUCGUGGCAUCAGUCCUUGAUGUCAUUGGUAUUCGGACUGGGUAAUUUCUAUAAGUAGUAAGUACGGACAAUCUAUUUGUGUUUCGUGGGAUUUUCAUAACCAUUAGUUUUACGCUUUAAGCGAUGCGGCUCAAAUCUAUUCACCCUUUACUCUCCCUUCGGUCCUAAAUUUACAACUUAUUCUGCAAUUUGUUUGAUUCCAUGAAUCUAACUUUUCUCAAACCGCGCAUCGUUUAUACAUAGUCUUUUUUACUACCGCUAAUACUGUAACUGCUAAUAGUGUUCUGAUAUCCCACUAUACAUGUGUCGUGUAGCAACUUAAAAUGAUGCAUAUGUGCGCUAGGUUCUACUUCAUUUAUGAUUGGUAGACAUCUUAGUCUUGGUCUCGUAUUGUGACCGCUAGAUUAAGGCGUUAUCCUUGGUAUCUGUCGUUUGACUCAUUUUCUUUUGACAUUAGCAUCUCUUUUUGUGUUAAUUUGAAGUGCCACAGUGGACUGAUGCAUUUUAUGCCGUCUUUUUUCAUGCCUGCUUGUCCAUAUAAGUUAAGAGGGUGUGAUAUAUUAUUUUAGUUACACUGCAGAUAUUUAUAUUCCGAAAACUAUCAGUAGUUUUGCAUGUUACUUCAUACAAACAUUGAUAGUCUUGUGGAUAAACUCAUCUAGAUUUAUCACUUUGAAAUCAUUAUUCUAUUUGUUUUUCAAAGGUCACUGUGGGAUUUUGUGCAUAGAGGACAUUAUCCACGAACUUGUAACUAUUGGUUCAAACUUCAUGGCCGUUCAGCGCUUUUUAUGUCCAUUCAAACUUAUGUCAUCCAGUCGUGAUUGGAUGUCAGGUUCACGGCGCUGUCACGCUCGUGUUGAUUCUCUAACAGGGUUUCGAGAAGAACAAUUAAAUGAAAUGAUUCGUAGAAUGAUAUGAUUGUGUAAAUAAAGAAUGUAUAGGUACUAUCCGCGGUUAUUACUUUUCUGCAUAUAUUAUAUGAGUAUACAAAAAUUUGUCUUGUUUGAAAAUUUCUGUAACUAUACUACUCUUUUUGCUUACUGAUAAAAGUUUUUCAUAUGGAAGAAUUAUUUUCCAUUGUCAUGUCAAUCGAUUCGCAGUAUUAUCUUUGUGUUUGUUGAUCUUUCGACCAUUUAUAUCUUAAAUGAACUUAGUGGACCAUUUAAAAGUCGAGAAGCCCUUUAUAUUUUUAUAAACAUCGGGAGCGAGCAUUAACUUGUCUUUGUCUACAGAAAGAAGUAUGUACUGGUCGAAGACCACAUAACAAUGUAUUUUCCAGAACACUACAAUAAUUUGCAAUAACGAGUACUCAGUAUUAUUUAAUUUACAGUCACAAACAAUUUAGAUUUUCAUGCAUUCGGAAACUAAGUCCUUUUCAGUAUUGUUGUAUUAUGAAGUGUCAAGACUCAUUACAACUAGUUCUUUUAGAUAUAUC